AUGCUGCCCCCGUCUGUCCGACGAGCCGUCGCUACGGCGCCUCAAUCACCCACUGCCUCGACCUUGGCCUCGACCGUCUCCCGCGCUGCUGCCGCUGCUUGUGGCAUCACAUACCGACCCAGCGGUCUUCAACAGCGCCGCUACUCAUCGUCAAAACCGUCGAGCCCGGAUAACGGCCCCAAAGACAUCACCGCUCGGCCAGUUCCCACGUCACGAGGCUCUAAAUCAGAGAAGUCUAAGGCUAAGUCCAAGGCCCCUCAACCGCCUAGUGUGCCCAGUACCGGACAUAUUGGGGAUGAAGGUCUCGCCCUCUCCGCCUUCUUCGCCCUCCACCGACCCAUCUCCGUCACCCAACUGAUGCCCCGGACCGUUUCUGACGAUGUCUUCGCCAAGAUCUUCGCGACCCGCUCCCGCAACAACCGGGCCGCCGAUGUUCUGUCGACGUUAUCGCAGACGGUGUCUGACCUCGAAGAGCCCCUGUCGAGGAUGAACAUGGGUGGCAGUGGGGACAAGACCUCGCGGUCCGCUCAGGACGCCGUUGCUUCUGAGGACGGCACCACCCGCCUCAGCCUCAAGCACCCCGACGGUUCUGAGACCAACCUGCACAUUCAACUCAACCCGCUCGCCGGCCAGUACCUGCCUUAUGCGCCACCCCCAGCGCCCCGCCCGCUCAGCGAGACCGCGUCCAACGCUACCAACGCGAACACCGAAAACACCAACGCCGCUAAGUCCGCCGCUGACGGACAGACACGAGUGUAUAAGGCCAUGGUGACUAUCGAGGAGACUGUCGAUGCGGAAGGGCAGGUCAAGGUCGUGGCGCACAGCCCGGAACUGGUGGAGGAAGGCAUGGACAGCCUAACCAGCGCGAUUGAAGAGCCCGGGCAGCCACAGUCAUUCCUGGAACGCAUGGCGUUGCGCCAGCUGCGCUACGAUGAGUACUGUCGCCAGAAGGGCCUCACUAUGCAGGCCAUCAGCGUGCGCCGCCAGCGCAAGCUGCGCAUGAAGAAGAAGAAGUACAAGAAGCUGAUGAAGAAGACGCGGAAUGAGCGCCGCAAGCUCGACCGCUUGUAA